AUGUCUACCAAUUUGAAAACAGUUGUUGUCCUAGGUGGCUCUUACGUAGGAUUAGCUACCACGAAAGCUCUUGCUAGCGUUUUGCCAGCUACACAUCGGAUCCUCCUCGUGGAGCCACAUAGCCAUUUCCAUCAUUUAUUUGCAUUUCCACGUUUUGCUGUUUUACCAUCACAUGAGCACAAGGCUUUCAUUCCUUAUUCCAACAUCUUUGCAGGCUCCAAAAACCCCGAAUCCCAUGCUGUUGUCAAGGCACGAGCUACGGCCGUCUUGGCAAAUCAAUUGUUUCUUGAUCGGGAGUGGCAGAAUUCCAGAGAGAUCCCAUUCGACUACCUAGUGAUUGCUACUGGAACCAAACGACCAGCUCCUUUCGAUAUGCCGAGCGACGACAAGCCAAAUGCAAUUAACUACCUGCAGGCCUAUCAGAAGCGUGUUGCAGAAGCUCAAUCAAUCCUCAUUGUGGGAGGAGGCGCUAAUGGCGUGCAAAUAGCCGCAGAUAUCAAGGAAUUAUAUCCGGAAAAGGAUGUUAUCUUGGCGCAUUCUCGACAACAACUGAUGCCAGGUUUCCACCAAGAUUUAGACGCACUUAUUAAAAAAAGAUUCAAGGAGCUCGGAGUCAGCCUCAUACUCGGCUGUCGAGUUGCCACAACUUCGACUAACACAGGAACCAGCGGAAAUUCCCCUAUGUUAAGGACUGAGCACGGCAAAACUUUGGUUCCAGACCUUAUAAUCCCCGCCGUUGGGCAAGUGCCGAAUACAGAAUUUCUCGACGGACUGACCGUGGAACCUGGGACUCUUAUUAAUCCCGCCAACGGUUUCCUCCGAGUAAAGCCCACGCUUCAACUUGACGCUGCUCAAUAUGCGAAUAUCUACGCUGUGGGAGACGUAGCAGAUACUGGUGCUCGAAAGGCAGCCCGACCAGGCGUGGCUCAAGCCGAAUGUGUCGCCAAAAACAUUGUUUCAGCCAUCAAUGGUAACGAGCCUAAUGACAAGAUAACGGUCACACCUCCUGGUAUUCAUCUGACAUUGGGUUUGAAACAAAGUGUCAUCUUUCGUAACCCAAACCCUUCAGAGGGUCGCCUAGAACCGGUUAUCACCAUGAAAGAUGAUGGCCUUGAUGAUAUGGGUAUUGAUAGAGUCUGGAUCAGGCGAGGAAUUGAGGUCAAAGACCCCGAAGAAUAUUUCCUAUAG